AUUAAAUUCUAAAUUUUUACCUGGUCGUGUAUAUUUUCACUGCAACAUGUUUAUCCUUAAUAUCCCCGCAGAAAUUCGUAAUUUAAUUAUACAACAAUCUGAAAACUACCUCCAAUCUGCCCUUGUUUGUAAAGAGUGGACCGAGCAUGCACUUGAAUGUCUUUACAAGAACUUGGUGUUGGAUGGUUAUGAUAUAGGCGUCAUAAAACGAUUGCUGAGACUAAAUGAGGAAGAACGUGAGGCUUAUUUUAAAAAUUGCAGUUUGGUCAAAAAGAUCAAGAUUCACCAAGAUUGUCUGCGCCGUACUCAUGUCACACAACUCGAAGGAGGUUCUGGAUCUUUGUCAAACAAGUUUGAUAUGCCUGAAUUAAUACUGUUUUUAGAGUAUUUCCAGAAACUUACCACCCUAGAUUUAACGUACAGUCGUUAUUGUAGAGAGUACUUUCGCUUUAUUUGUGAUGCAGAUACAAGUAAUUGCUUGAAAGGGAUACACGCUAUCAUUGGAAACCCUAAUUGUUUCAACUUUUCAAUGUGUUACAAAUUUCGAGAAACCAUUACGGCGCUUAGUAUUCGUUACAAGGACUGGACAGACGAAAAAUUGGGACAUCCUCUUACUGUUUUAGCUCAAUUUAAAAACCUAACAGAACUAAAAAUGCACAACACUUCAGAUCCCUUUUUGACGCCAUUGGAUAUUCAUGCAGUUUUACCACAUUUGAUUUCAUUCCAUUUCAACAGCAGAUAUGAUAUCUCUUAUUUAAAAGUUAGAAAGUGGUUACAAAAUACGACCAACUACAGUCAGUUGGACAAUUUGAAAAACUUCAGCCUGAAGGCUCCUACAAUUCCACUAUGUUAUAUUCAGUUUAUUUCGGAUCAUCUUUCCAAGCAAGUCAAAACGAUGAAUAUUAAUAUUUCUGGUAUCGAUUUCUUUAACUGGAUUGACGAUGUUGGGAUGAACAAUGCCUUAAGUUUUGCUAAAAGCUUUUGUGGCCUCAAGGAGUCUGGUUUUAAAAUUGGGUUUGAUUACAAGCACUCAGCCAGAAACCGAGAGCAACUUAACAACAGGUCUAAUUUGGACAACUUUUACAAGCUUUUAAAUGGUUUUAAAGGGGGAAGAAGUACUCCAUGUUGUAUAGAUCUUAGCGAGAGCUUAUUAUCAUAUGAUUCGAUGUACUGUCGCAAGGAUGGUGUUAUUAUUUCAGAAUGUAGACUAAAGUUAGACGACUACUGCUUACAAGAAGAAUCGAUUAGAGAACAUAUGCCUAGCAUUAGUUUGGGGUAUAUGCCUAGUUCAACGGUAGGACCAGCACUGCUGAAUCGAAUCAAAUUAUAUAUGCCUGAUCAUAAUUCGGAGUACAUUUCGAGAUUUGCAAAAUAUGCCUUAUCUAGUUGUCCUCAACUUGAAAAUAUUGUAUUAACGUUUGACUAUUCGACACACAGCUCAUUACAUAUAUCCAACACUAUUUACACGGAUCAGUUUAAAUCCCAAAAUCAUGUUCUAUCAAGUACAAAAAGCAACCUAACGCAUGUCAGAACCUCAAAUUUUAUUAUAUCUGAUCAUCUAAUGUGCUUGCUAAUUAUGUAUUUGCCCGACAUCAAAGAGUUUGUAUAUUGCGCAAACUCAAAUUAUGCGGAGUCUCAUAUGCAGGACAUUCAAUUAGAUUUUACAGCAUUUAAAAACUUGGAGAAAAUUUACUUUAACGAUUUGUACCUGACAGGGGGGGAAACAGACUAUUUAUUUGUUCAAUUAAAGUACGGUACAUGCGAGAAUUAUUAUUAUAAAACCAAAGAAAAUCCGACUGCCUUAAAACCAGCUACACUGAAACUACUCCAAGAAUGCCAGAGUAAUGAAACAUUAAAUACACGUUUACUCCAUAUCAAAUAUAACAAGAAUGCUGGAUUAGUACUGUACUGUGGUGAUUAUGGUGCAUAUGCCAACUUUGUAAAUGGUGAACUUGUUGAUAGUAUCAUCGUUAAUACAGAUAUGGCUGCAUGUUGUUUAUGAAACGUAUAUGGACUUGUAUUAUUCCCUGUCCAAAUGUGGAAGAGGGUGGUCCGCUUUUUAAAGCACCGUUUUGUUUUUAUUUUCCCAAAAAAUAAAAAACCCCAAUAAAUUCCCGAAAAAAGCACAAAGGAAUUAAACUUUGGGUGUAUUCUACUUGUAAGAAUUGUCAGAUUACCACUGAGGCACUCUUACUUGGCAGAACCAGUUAUUUUAAGUGUAUUCCAAAUAUUGCGUCCGUGUGCGCAUGGUUGGCAGACUAACACAUCAACAAAAAAAAAAAAAAUCUAUUUUUAAACACAAUGGACGCAUUACUUAUACAAAUAAAAAGGCCUAGUUAUUAAAAGCAACGUGC